AUGUAUUUCCGGCACAAUCCCCAAGCUACUCGGGCUGCUAUUGCUUUCCUUCAUAUCGCCCCAUGCCUUGCUGCAGCGCAAACCAACACCCUGGGUCAAACCCCGCAGAUGGGCUGGAACUCGUGGAAUGCGUACAAGGCCAACAUCAACGAGUCGGUGGUCAUCCAGAGUGCUCAGCUCCUCACCAGCCUCGGGCUGAAGGAUGCCGGAUAUGACUAUGUCCUCGUGGACGACGGAUGGGCCGACUAUAAUCGCACGGCGGACGGCUACCUGCAAGCCAAUGCGACCUCCUUUCCGGGCGGGAUUCCCGCUUUAGCGGAUAAUGUCCACGCCCAAGGCCUCAAGCUGGGUCUGUACGGCGACAGCGGCACGCUGACGUGUGCAUUCCGCCCCGGCAGCUGGGGCUACGAAGAGCGCGACGCGCAGACGUUGGCCGACUGGGGGGUGGAUUACUGGAAAUACGACAACUGCGGGGGCUACCAGGCUAUGACCGAGGCGCCGCAGGUCCGGUUUGGCAUCAUGCAGAAGGCUCUACAGCUGGUCGGGCGGGAGAUUCUGUAUUCUGUCUGCGAGUGGGGAUAUCAGUUUCCCUGGCACUGGGGUGGAGCGAUCGGUCACUCCUAUCGCAUGUCAGGGGACAUCACCAACGUCUUUGCGAACGAAACGGGCUGCCCCUGCAAGACCGCUUACUGCUUGAACACCGGCUACGCGAGCUGCUCGGUGAUGAGCAUCAUUCGGAAGAUGCGCGAGAUUAGCCAGUACCAGUCCCGCGGGCACUGGAUGGACAUGGACAUGCUGGAGAUCGGCAACGCGGAGAUGACGCUGUAUCAGCAGCAAACGCACUUUGCCUUCUGGGCGGCGCUCAAAUCGCCGCUGAUAAUUGGAGCAGACCUGUCCAAGCUGUCCGACGACGCGCUCAAUGUGCUUACCAAUAAACAAAUGAUCGCAAUCAAUCAGGACCUGCUUGGACAGCCAGUUCAUUAUGUCCAGAACGCCAGCUCCGAGGGCUUGGCGCAGGUAUGGGCGGGCAGUGUGGAGAAUGGAUACGUGGUUCUCCUGCUCAACGAGAAGAGCUACCCACAGAGAUUGAAGGUAGAUUUUGCGACUCUGGGGUUGCAGCUUUCUGGGCCUGUCAAUGUCACGGAGCUGUGGGCCGAAAGGUCUUUGGGGAAGAUCAGGUCUUUUUCAGGCACACUGCAGGCGUAUCAGACUCUUGUGUUCAGACUGGACAUGUGA